GAGGAGGGGGAAGAUGCAGCAGCAGCGGCUGAAGCAGCAGCAGCAGCAGCAGCAGGCGUUGAUGCAGCAAGCCGCGCUUCUCCAGCAGCAGCAGCAGCAGCAGCAGUCGCUCUACCACCACCCGGGUCUCUUAGCCGCGCCGCAGAUAGAGCCAAUCCUAAGUGGAAACCUGCCUCCUGGGUUUGAUCCAAGUCAAUGCCGCAGUGUGUAUGUAGGCAAUAUUCAUGUUCAAGUUACUGAAGCUCUACUUCAAGAAGUUUUUCAGAGUACAGGUCCAGUGGAAGGAUGCAAGCUUAUUAGAAAGGAGAAGUCGUCCUUUGGUUUUGUUGACUACUAUGACCGCAGAUCUGCUGCACUUGCAAUUGUCACUCUUAAUGGGCGGCAGCUGUUUGGUCAGCCUAUUCGAGUUAAUUGGGCAUAUGCUAGUGGGCAGAGAGAGGACACUUCAGGGCACUUCAACAUUUUUGUUGGAGAUCUUAGCCCGGAGGUUACGGAUGCUAUGUUGUUUGCUUGCUUCUCUGUAUAUCCCAGCUGCUCUGAUGCUAGGGUUAUGUGGGACCAAAAGACUGGACGUUCGAGAGGAUUUGGUUUUGUUUCUUUCAGGAGUCAACAGGAUGCACAAAGUGCCAUCAAUGACUUAAAUGGCAAGUGGCUUGGGAGUCGGCAGAUUCGUUGCAACUGGGCAACAAAGGGUGCUACUUCUGGUGAUGACAAACAAAGCUCAGAUUCCAAGAGUGUUGUGGAUCUGACAAGUGUUUCAGCAGAAGAUGGCCAAGACAACAUAAAUAGUGAUGCUCCGGAGAACAACCCACAAUACACAACCGUUUAUGUGGGAAACCUUUCUCAUGAGGUCACGCAACUUGAUCUUCAUCGUUUUUUCCAUUCCCUUAAUGCCGGAGUGAUCGAGGAGGUUCGUAUCCAGCGUGAUAAAGGGUUUGGUUUUGUGAGAUACAGCAGCCAUGCUGAAGCUGCCUUGGCAAUUCAGUUUGGGAGUGGUCGUCCUCUCGGUGGAAAGGCAAUUAAGUGUUCUUGGGGAAACAAGCCAACUCCACCUGGGACAUCUUCUAAUCCGCUCCCUCCUCCGGCAGCAGCAGCCUUUCCUGGGCUCUCAGCGUCCGAGCUCUUGGCCUACGAGCGCACUCUAGCAAUGAGCAAAAUGGGUUCGAGCCAGGCAUUGAUGCAGGCCCAGGGCCAGCUUAAGCAGGCUGCUAUGGGCCUCAGCGCCCAGGGCGCCAGUCAGGCUAUAUACGACGGCGGGUUCCAGAGUGUUAGUGCCAGCCAACAGAUGAUGUACUAUUAGGUCGUGAAACCCUUCCCAUUUUACUCUUUCCUAUAUUUUCUUCAAAUCUUUAUUUUUGCAUUUAGUAUACUUUUCUUUCUAUACUUUGAACCUCUACUAUUAUCGUGAUUUUAUAAUGGUGGCGUCUCCCCUUGUUUGCUUAAGUUUGUACCGAUAUACUACUAUUGUCAUCAUGUAAGGAGUGUUUGUAGGAAAAACCAUUUAGUUGGGGAGCUUUUCUCUUCAAUUGUUUUCUCUCUUCUUUUUUUUUUUUUUGUUUUUCUUCUUGUCUUGUGUUAGAUUUCUGAGGUCUUGUAACCCUGGUUUGUGAAUCUAUUAUGAUGGCAUGUCGAAUUUAUAGGCUAUAUAUAUAUAUUUCUACCUAGCCGCAAGCAUA